GUGGCCCAAUCACUGAUACAGUAAAAAGGCAAAUGUUUUUGGAUUCUAGACUAUCAGGAAAAUGAAUCCGCGUAUUUUUCCAGUCUCUACUCUGAGCUAGAGACCGGAAAAAUUCGCUGAUUCAUUUCGCAAUUCGCUAAAAUUCAAAUACAUCAUACCUUUAAGCUGCUUCUGUUAUUGGUUCACUGUUCAUCCGGACGACUCUGGGCCAAUGGGGAAACGCUCAAUUAAAGAAGUAUCGUAUCACAGGCAAACCAGUUGAGACGACUCACAAGUCAGCAGCCAAUAAACUGGCGUUUUUUUCCCGAGUAUACCGAGGACUGUGUAGUCUAUCCUGAAGGUCAUCGAAAAUUCGGAAUUUUUCCAGUCCGUAACUAUGACUAGGGAUCAGAAAAAUUCGCGUGAUCAAUGAACUGUACGAUGAACUCCAUAGUUCUACGUAACACUCGGACAAAUGCCACCCACUCAUUGGCUGCUGUCUUGUGAGACGUUCCAGCGUAGCAGCGUGUGAUUCGAUAAAGCUUUGUUGGGUGUUUCUCAUUGGACCAGAGUCAUCCAGUUGGAAUGACCGUAAUGGCAGUUUCCACCAGUCAGAUAAAUGAAGACACCAAGUUGGCGAGAGAGAUGGCGCUGAUGGGCAACUAUGAGACCUCUGGCGUGUACUACCAGGGCGUCAUACAGCAGAUACACAAGCUUCUCAUGAUCAUCAGCGAACCCACUCGCAAAGCAAAAUGGCAACUUGUGCAGCAGCAGGUGGCACAGGAGUACGAGCAGAUGAAGGCCAUCACCAGCACGCUGCAGCUCUUCCGCAUCGACGCCCACGUGGACAGGCCCAUCGGUCAGGCCAUGCGCAGCCCAGCCUUCGAGGAGUCUCCCCGGAACCCCAGCCCGUGGUACAGCUCCACCCCGCGGGACCCGGACGUGUGGCCCCCGCCCCCUCCCCGGGACCCGGACGUCUGGCCCCCGCCCACGCCUGCCGAGCACAAAGCAUCAGCACACGUCAAACCCAUCAGAGGUCCUGUCAAGAAGACUGAGACCGUCAAGCCGAAUCUUCGGUCGCAGAAGACCAACUCGCAGACAAAGAAGGUAGAACCUCGGCAAGCCAACAAGAAUGAUAGAUCUAGACCUGUGAAGAAAGAUGAAAAGAAAGAAGAAACAAAGGAGAAGACUGACAAGGAGAAAGAAGAAAUAGAAGAGGAAGAGAAAGAUGAAAGGAAGUUCGAAGGCUCAGGCUACGACCGUGACUUAAUAGAAAUGUUGGAGAGGGACAUAGUGCAGAAGAACCCCAACAUCCACUGGGACGACAUCGCAGACCUGCGGGAAGCCAAGAGGUUGCUGGAGGAAGCAGUUGUGCUGCCCAUGUGGAUGCCGGACUUCUUCAAGGGUAUCCGGAGGCCGUGGAAGGGAGUGCUGAUGGUGGGACCGCCCGGCACGGGCAAGACCAUGCUGGCCAAGGCGGUGGCCACGGAGUGCUGCACCACAUUCUUCAACGUCUCCUCCACCACGCUCACCUCCAAGUACCGCGGCGAGUCGGAGAAGCUGGUCAGGCUACUGUUCGAGAUGGCGAGGUUCUACGCUCCUAGCACCAUAUUCAUAGACGAGAUAGACUCGCUGUGCUCGCGGAGAGGGUCGGAGUCGGAACACGAGGCGUCCAGGCGGGUGAAGUCAGAACUGCUGGUGCAGAUGGACGGCAUCAGCUCCAACAGUGAUGAUCCUGGAAAAAUAGUAAUGGUUUUAGCAGCAACCAAUUUUCCAUGGGACAUAGAUGAAGCCCUGCGAAGGCGAUUGGAGAAGCGAAUUUACAUUCCCCUCCCAAAUGGUGAGGGUAGAGAAGCGUUGCUCAAAAUUAACUUACGGGAGGUGAAAUUGGACCCAGAUGUUGACCUGAAGGAUAUAGCAACUAGGUUGAAAGGGUAUUCCGGAGCAGAUAUCACAAAUGUGUGCAGGGACGCGUCCAUGAUGUCGAUGCGGCGCAAGAUCGCGGGGCUGCGGCCCGACCAGAUCAGGCAGCUGCCGAAGGAGGAGCUGGACCUGCCGGUGACGGUGCAGGACUUCGACGAGGCGCUCGAGAAGUGCAACAAGAGCGUGUCCAAGGAGGACCUCAACAAGUACGAGAAGUGGAUGCAGGAGUACGGCUCCACGUGAUGCUUCGCCAUCAGUUGAAAACCGUGCCUGAACGAACCACUGGCGUAUGCAUCUCUCACGUUGCAUACAAAUUGCAAAACUAAAUUUGCAACUAAAUCAUAAUGAUUUUAAUACAUAAAAAAAACUAAUUUAUGUGUAUUUAUUUUUUUUUUGUGCAAUUGAUUUGAACACAAGUUUUAUAAUGCAGCUAAUCAGCUUGUCGCGUGCUUGUAGCGUAUAUUUAUAAUUGGCAGGACUUAAUGACACUAAAUUAUUCCUAGAGUUUGUAAAAUGGUGUCCGCCUUACUCAAUUUUCGUGUAAAAUAAAAUCUACGACAUCAUUCAAUUACAGGGUAGUAUAUAUUUAUUUUUCAACGCAUCACAUGUAUAAUUGGUGAUAUUCAUGUAUGAUCCAUUUUGUAUUGUACAUAAUAAACAUUAGUGGAGAGUAGUGUAGUACAUGCUUAGACAUGAACGACAAAAAUGUAAACUUGAAAAAUAUGCCUGAAUAGUUUUUUGUCAACCAUUAUAAAUGUUGAAAAAAUUAUCUAUGCUGAAGUAAAGUACAUUUAACACACUA